AGUGGCCGGGGUGCGGCGAGGACUGGGUCAUCGGGUCCCCGUGCACCGGGUCGGUCCCGCUGCGGUGCUCAGUGUGGGGAUGGCUAUGGCAAGAGGUGACCGAUCCCUCCAGGGAGACAUCGAGGUCUUGGUGGGGACCCUGGAGCCGUGGGGGAUCGGGAGGGUUGCGUGGGACUGGGUGGAGCUGAUUUAUCCCACGGCUUUUCCAUUGCGUCCCCCAAAUCGGGUUUAAUUCCUGGGAUGGUUCCAGGGGUGUCCUCAGCAGGGUGGGGGAUGCUUCCUGAAAUGACAGGAGAGGGCCGUGAGGAGGUUUGCGUGAGCCUUGGGUGCUGGGGAAUGGCUCCCAGCCCCGCAGAGCGGUGCAGACCCACCACCUUUCAAGCAGCCGGGGGUUUGGAUCAGCCCCUCGCUCAGGAGUGGGUGCCCUGAGAUUUGGGAGGGUUUUGCUGUGGGUCCACGCUGAAGACUUACUUAAAGGGAGCAGAUGUUUUGUGAUCUAAGGCUUCUCUUGGAUGUUUUUCCAGCCUCACCAAAGGUUAUUGGAGUUCUUUCAUUCUCACUGUUUGCAUCUGCUGGCAUCCCUCCGAUCAGCACUGCGGGGAUAGCCCAAAUUUUCACAUGUGGGUGAGCUCUGAAAGCUCUCUGGUCCCCCAUAACCCACUCCCUGCCCCAAGAUUAAACAUGCCCCGUCUCCUGCUUUAUUUUUUGGCCUUUUGGGGCUCCUGGAGUGUUUUAGAGGUGAUGCGGGGGCUGCCCACCAGCGAAGCACAGCAUGGCUCAGUGCAGAUUAAACAUGCCCCAUCUCCUGCUUUGUUUUUUUGGCCUUUUGGGGCUCCUGGAGUGUUUUAGAGGUGAUGCGGGGGCUGCCCACCAGCGAAGCACAGCAUGGCUCAGUGCAGCGGAGCUGGGAUGGAGAUGCAGGAGGGCUAUUCAGAGUCCCCAGACCUGGAGUUUGAAUAUGCAGAUACUGACAAAUGGGCAGCAGAGCUCUCCGAGCUGUACAGCUACACAGAAGGGCCAGAGUUCCUGCUCAACCGCAAGUGCUUUGAGGAGGACUUCAGGAUCCACGUGCGGGAGAAGAAAUGGACUGAACUGGACAAGAACCAGCACCGCACCCACGCCAUGCGGCUUCUCGACGGGCUGGAGGUCACUGCGCGGGAGAAGAGGCUGAAGGUUGCCCGAGCCAUCCUUUACGUUGCCCAAGGCACGUUUGGGGAGUGCGGCUCUGAGGCUGAGGUGCAGGCCUGGAUGAGGUAUAACAUCUUCCUCUUGCUGGAAGUGGGGACGUUCAACGCUUUGGUGGAGCUGCUGAACAUGGAGAUUGAUAACAGCGCGGCUUGCAGCAGUGCCGUGAGAAAGCCGGCCAUCUCCCUGGCUGACAGCACGGACCUCAGGGUGCUGCUGAACAUCAUGUACCUGAUCGUGGAGACUGUUCGGCAGGAGGCUGAGGGGGACAAGCCUGAGUGGAAGAGCAUGAGACAGACCUUCCGAGCAGAGCUGGGAGCCCCCCUGUACAACAACGAGCCUUUCUCCGUCAUGCUCUUUGGGAUGGUGACCAAAUUCUGCAGUGGCCACGCUCCGCACUUCCCCAUGAAGAAGGUGCUGCUCUUGCUCUGGAAGACUGUGCUGUGCACCCUUGGGGGCUUUGAGGAGCUCCAGAGCAUGAAGGCAGAGAAGCGGGAGAUCCUGGGCCUCCCACCCCUCCCGGAGGACAGCAUUAAAGUGAUCCGCAACAUGCGAGCUGCCUCCCCACCCGCAUCCGCCUCUGAUCUGAUCGAGCAGCAGCAGAAGCGAGGCCGGCGGGAGCACAAGGCCCUGAUUAAGCAGGAUAACCUCGAUGCCUUCAACGAGCGGGAUCCUUACAAAGCUGAUGACUCCCGUGAGGAAGAGGAGGAAAAUGAUGAUGACAACAGCCUGGAGGGAGAGACUUUCCCCCUCGAACGGGACGAAGUGAUGCCUCCACCCACUCAGCAUCCCCCCAGUGACCGCAUCACCUGCCCCAAGGGGCUACCCUGGGCUCCCAAGGUCCGAGAGAAGGACAUUGAGAUGUUCCUGGAGUCCAGCCGCAGCAAGUUCAUUGGCUACACGCUGGGCAGUGACACCAACACUGUGGUGGGCUUGCCCAGGCCCAUCCACGAGAGCAUCCGAACCCUGAAGCUGCACAAGUACACGUCAAUCGCGGAGGUGCAAGUGCACAUGGAGGAUGAGUACUUGCGCUCCCCGCUCUCUGGGGGGGAAGAAGAAGUGGAGCAAGUCCCUGCGGAGAUCCUGUACCAGGGCCUCCUGCCAAGCCUGCCGCAGUACAUGAUUGCUCUGCUGAAGAUCCUCCUUGCCGCAGCCCCCACCUCCAAAGCCAAGACAGACUCCAUCAACAUCUUGGCAGAUGUCUUGCCGGAGGAGAUGCCGACCACAGUGCUGCAGAGCAUGAAGCUGGGGGUGGAUGUCAAUCGGCACAAGGAGAUCAUCGUCAAAGCCAUUUCUGCCGUGCUGCUCCUCCUGCUCAAGCACUUCAAGCUGAAUCACAUCUACCAGUUUGAGUACAUGGCCCAGCAUCUGGUCUUCGCCAACUGCAUCCCGCUCAUCCUGAAGUUCUUCAACCAGAACAUCAUGUCCUACAUCACUGCCAAGAACAGCAUUUCUGUCCUGGACUACCCGUACUGCGUGGUACACGAGCUGCCAGAGCUGACGGCAGAGAGCCUGGAAGCUGGAGACAACAACCAGUUUUGCUGGAGGAACCUCUUCUCCUGCAUAAACCUCCUGCGCAUCCUGAACAAACUGACCAAGUGGAAGCACUCCCGCACCAUGAUGCUGGUGGUGUUCAAGUCAGCACCCAUCCUGAAGCGGGCACUGAAGGUGAAGCAGGCUAUGAUGCAGCUUUAUGUGCUGAAGCUCCUCAAGGUACAGACCAAGUACCUGGGCCGGCAGUGGAGGAAGAGCAACAUGAAGACCAUGUCGGCCAUCUACCAGAAAGUGCGGCACCGUCUCAAUGAUGACUGGGCUUACGGCAACGACCUGGAUGCCCGGCCCUGGGACUUCCAGGCAGAGGAGUGUGCCCUGCGUGCCAGCAUCGAGCGCUUCAACUCACGUCGCUAUGACCGGGCACACAGCAACCCUGAUUUUCUGCCUGUGGACAACUGCCUGCAGAGUGUGCUGGGCCAGCGUGUGGACCUGCCCGAGGAUUUCCAGGUCAACUACGACCUGUGGCUGGAGCGGGAGGUCUUCUCCCGACCCAUCUCCUGGGAGGAGCUGCUGCAGUGACGGAUGACGGGGAGGCAGGAGGGGGUGCUUUGGGGAGAUCUCGAAACUGGCCUGCUGCCGAGGGGCAGGAGGAGAGAGGCUUUGGGGGUGUCUGUGUGUGCCUGGACCCCCUGUGGCGGGCUUGGGAAGAGGCUGGAGCUGUGGGGUCCUCGCCGAGGCGCCGUCCUGUCCCUCUGCCUCCUUCCAGGCUCUGCCAGGCUCAACCCCCGAGCAGCUGAGGGUGAAGGCUUGGUGGAGGCCACAGUGCCCUUGGGAGUCUCCUGUUGGGUGGGGGGGACCUGUUUGUGCCCCUGGUUGAUGCUUUCAGGGGCAGCGCUGCCAUCACCCUCCUCCUGCCCUCCACCAGCCAGGGCUGAGACCCUUCUGCUCCACUUGGAGCAGCCGGUGGUGCAGGGAGCGGGGCAAAGUGGGGUGAGGGCCCCUUUGGUGCUGCUGCGGGACAUGGGGAGCAGAGGCUGCUGUGGCAGGAAAACGGUCUGUCCCCCUGCCCAGACCCUGCCGGGGGGGG